AUGAAACUAGAAGUGUCUCUCUACCCGUCAUCAGUGUGGAUUCUCCAUUUGCUCAUUUUCCGGAUAGGUGCAGCCCUGAUGGAUCCCGGAGGGGAAAAAAAAGAGGCUCAGGCAUCACCUAUAUUUCCCAUCCUGACAAUGCAGUGCCUCUUCAUUGAAAAGAAACAAGUUCAGAGCCAGGAGAUGGAAAAGGCAGCUGUCUACCAUGGCAGUUGGAGCACUCGCCACCUCUCGAGGCUGAAUAUAUUGUUGGCUGGGAUGAACCCCUUCUAUUUCCAUGCCGUGAAUGUAGUCCUGCACUGCCUGGUUACGCUUGUCCUGAUGUAUACUUGCGACAAAGCUGUUUUCAAAGACAACCGCCUGGCCUUCGUCACAGCUGUCUUCUUUGCUGUUCAUCCUAUUCACACAGAGGCCGUAACGGGUAUAGUAGGCAGAGCAGAUGUCUUCGCUUGCCUACUAUUUCUUUUGGCUUUUCUCUCCUAUAAUAGGAGCGUGGAUCAGCUUUAUGUUGGGGAACAUUUCCCUCCCACUGCCUCUCUCUCCUUUUUGCUGCUUAGUUUGUUUCUUGGGACCUGUGCAAUGCUAGUAAAGGAAACAGGGAUCACCGUGUUUGGUGUCUGCUUGGUGUAUGAUGGCUUCCUGCUUUCGCAAAACAGACCUAGAUUGAAAAACGGAGGGGUGCCUCAGAAGUUAACACGACAGCCAGCUUCUUCCCUCCCUGCUUCAUUGCAGUUUCCUUCAGCCAGCCGGGAGAAUGGGAAGCACCGGGUGGCUCACAAGGGGACGUGGAACUCCUGCCAUCCUGCAUCACCUGAAGAACAGCAACAAAGCAGCCUCUCGGUCCUGAGCAAAGCACUGUGGGCCGCACUCAGUUACCUGACCCUGCGUAAUAAACAGAAGUUCUUACACACCACAAGACCUUUUUUAAAGAGGGCUGCCUUGGUACUUACCUAUGUGAUCCUACUUUUGUAUUUUCGUCUGUGGAUAAUGGGAGGUUCCAUGCCAGCAUUUUCAGAACAGGACAAUCCAGCUUCCUUCUCGCCAUAUCUUCUUACGAGGUUUCUAACCUAUUCCUACCUCCUGGCCUUCAACGCCUGGCUUCUGCUGGCUCCAAUUACUCUCUGCUAUGACUGGCAGGUGGGGAGCAUCCCUUUGGUUGAAUCGAUCUGGGAUGUGAGGAAUUUUGCUACCAUUCUCUUGGCAGUGGUGAUGCUGCUCCUUGGGCUCCAUUGCAUAGUAGCAUUCAAGAAACUGGAACACAGAGAAGUUUUAGUUGGCCUGUUGUUCCUGGUUUUCCCCUUCAUACCAGCUAGCAACCUCUUCUUCAGGGUGGGAUUUGUUGUGGCAGAACGUGUCCUGUAUAUGCCUAGUAUGGGGUAUUGCAUUCUCUUGGUCCAUGGCUUAAAUAAGCUCUGCACAUGGCUGAAUAAAUGGAGAGCCACAGCCAUAACAAUCUCAGCUUUCCUGCUGCUGUUACUCUCUUGGAAAACUGUGAAACAGAAUGAAAUCUGGUUGUCAAGAGAAUCCUUGUUCAGGUCAGGGGUUCAGACUCUGCCCCACAAUGCCAAGGUCCACUACAACUAUGCCAAUUUUCUGAAAGACCAAGGCCGUGACAGUGAAGCCAUCUACCACUACAAAACAGCACUUGAGUUGUAUCCACGUCAUGCAAGUGCCCUGAACAAUCUUGGGACACUGACCAAAGACCUUGCAGAGGCAAAGGAAUACUACAAGAGAGCCCUCCAGUUAAAUCCACAGCACAACCGAGCCCUCUUCAAUCUUGGAAACCUACUCAAGUCCCAAGGGAAGAAAGAGGAAGCCGUUCGCUUACUGAGAGAUUCUAUUCGGUACGGACCAGAGUUUGCAGAUGCUUACUCCAGUCUUGCUUCACUCUUGGCUGAACAGGAACAAUUAAAAGAUGCUGAAGAAGUAUAUCAGGCUGGAAUAGAGAACUGUCCAGAGAGCUCUGACCUGCAUAACAACUAUGGAGUUUUCUUAGUUGAUACUGGAUCGCCUGAGACUGCUGUUUCCCACUACCAGAAGGCCAUCCAGCUUAGCCCCAGUCAUCACGUGGCCAUGGUGAACUUGGGCAGGUUAUACCGUUCCUUGGGGCAGAAUAAAGAUGCAGAAACGUGGUAUAAACGGGCCCUGAAAAUAACACGGAAGGCUGAAAUCCUGACCCCUUUGGGAGCUCUGUAUUACAACACAGGACGAUAUGAAGACGCAUUAAAGGUUUACAGGGAAGCUGCAGCACUGCAGCCAUCCAAUAAAGAGACCCGGCUAGCCUUGGCUCAGGUUUUGGCAAUGAUGGGACAAACAAAGGAAGCUGAACAAAUGACCACUCAUAUUGUGACCGAAGAGGCAGAGUGCCUGGAGUGUUACCGCCUUUUGUCGGCCAUUUAUAGCAAACAAGAGAACUACAACAAGGCACUUGAAGCCAUAGACAAAGCUCUACAGCUGAAACCAAAGGACCCCAAAGUUGUAUCAGAGCUCUUUUUCACUAAAGGAAACCAGCUAAGAGAACAAAAUCACUUGGACAAAGCUUUUGAGAGCUAUAAUGUGGCUGUAGAGUUUAAUCCAGAGCAAGCACAAGCCUGGAUGAACAUGGGAGGGAUUGAGCAUAUCAAGGGCAACUACAUCGCUGCACGAAACUAUUAUGAGAAAGCUUUACAGCUUGUUCCAAACAGCAAACUGCUGAAAGAGAAUUUAGCUAAAUUGGAUCGCUUGGAGAAGAGGCUACAGGGAGCUCAAGAGAGAGGAUAAACAGCAUGAGCUCAAUGAGUGCGUUCUGCAAGAGUCACAGUUUUCCUACAACCAGACGUCAGCUGAAAGGAACUGCGGGCCUGACCCCAGAAUAAGAGAAGUGUACAUGAGGAUCACAGUUGAGUCACCAAAGCUACAGAGACUUGCUGUUUGUCUCUGGAUGUGCUCUGGAAAGGACUGAAAUCCAAUCUUCUGAAUCUAUAUUUGGGUAGAUUUGUCAUAUAGCAAGAAAUACAUAUGUAAUGUCCAAGGGUUACACUCAUAAGAAGGCUUGAUUCAUCAAAGAUAAAAAAAACAGUUCUUGUAAUAUAAUCUUGCUUUAAGGAGUAGUUUAACAAAACUCAGCCCACGAGAUCUAGAAGAUAGCAGUCAAAAUCAAUGAAGUAAAGUGGGAGAAAGCAGGAAUGGCAAUGGGUGAAGGAGAAAUCAGCCUUCUUUAGUGUCCUCGGGGAUUCUUAUAUUAAUUCCUGAGGUGUAAUAUUCUGCCAUCCGAGAAAAAAACUAGUAGAACUGGUUCUCAAGAGUCUUUAGAUCACAAGUGCAAGUCAAGGAGAAGCCUGAAUGCGAAAUACAUACAAAGCAUUUUUGGGACAGUUUACAUGUAUGGCAUAAUAUAAUGGUUUGAGUUCA